CUCCCGUCCCAUUACCGGACUGGGUAGUAAUCUAGAGACUCUGCUAGUCAGACCAAUCAGAUAUACCAGCGCUUGCAGCGACCACAGCUCUGGCGACGACGACUCUGAUGGAGGGGAUGUGUUUUUUGAGACGAAAUAUCACCGCCCCAGAGCUGCGUCAAUGAGAACGUCACGUGACCUAGCAGCUACAGUUCGAAGACGCAGUAGCAAGGAUCUGAUAUAA